AUGCAGACCCUUAAUCGCUGCUCUCUUUCCAUAGGUUUGGGUCUGAAAGAAGAAGCAAGAUCAGUCCAUACAGUAUAUUUGACAGCAACUCUGGGGAUUUUUGAUGUUGCUGCGACGGUGGACGGGGUCUCCAUCACAGGAGAGGGAGAGAAGCAGAUGAUGCUGUCGAGUCCUCGUCUCCCUGACCUGAACAGGCAGCUGGAGUUCGUCACCUAUACAAACACUGUGUUCCACCCGAAGACAGCAGAUACAAUUCGGUUUGCAACCAAAAGUCAACGGUCAUUUUUCAUCAUCAAAGUUGGGCAUCCAAUCAUUCCGAAGCUUUACAACUCUGGAUACCAGGAAGAGUACAACAUUAGUGCUCUUGUCACUAUUGCCACCAAGACCUUCCUUCGCUACGACAAGCUCAAAGACCUCAUCGACAGCAUACGACAGUAUUAUCCCAACGUCACCAUAGUGAUAGCAGAUGACAACGAGCACCCUCAGCCUGUGACCGGCCCUCAUAUUGAACAUUAUAUCAUGCCAUAUGGAAAGGGUUGGUUUGCAGGAAGAAACCUGGCAGUGUCUCAAGUGACCACCAAGUAUGUGCUCUGGGUGGAUGAUGAUUUCAUCUUCACUGCAAACACCAAGUUGGAGAAGAUGGUGGACAUACUAGAGAAAACCACUCUGGAUCUGGUCGGCGGCGCGGUGAGAGAGGUGACGGGUUACACUGUAACGUACUGUCACACCAUUUCAGUGGAAGCAGGAGGAGAAGAGGGCGACUGUUUGCAUAUCAGAAAUGGCAACCACCACGCCAUCGACGGAUUUCCCAACUGCGUGGUGGCCGAUGCCGUCAUCAACUUCUUCAUGGGGCAGACGGACAAAGUGCGGCAGGUUGGCUUCGACCCCCGGCUGUCACGACAAGCGCAUCUGGAGUUCUUCAUCGACGCUCUGGGCUCCCUCCACGUUGGCUCCUGUGGCGACGUCAUUGUAAACCACGCAUCAAAGAUUCAACUGCCCUGGAGUAAAACAGAGUCACAAAAGGCCUAUGAAAAAUUCCGCUACUUGUCUUCCAGUGCGAACACGAACAUGCAUAACGAAGUCUACUACUUCAAGAACAGGUUCAAGUGCAUGACCAGUCAAUGACACACUUGUCUAAUGUAAGAGCAACAAAUAAUUUUUGUUUCCCGAUAAAUGAAGAACGCAAAAUCUUGUAUUGUUAUUUUAUUUUUUUACAGUUUUUUGUUGUUGUUGUUGUUGUUUUUUUACUGCCUGAACAAUUAAAAUGCUGUUGUGAGUUGAGAAGUCCACAAUUAUAUGCUUUCAUAAACACUAUUGACCUGUUUGAGGGGAAUUCAGUGCAUGUUAGAAUCUAAGCUGAGUUGUCAGUCAGCUUUUCUGCACUCAGUAUAGUCAACAGCCCUGUUUGCCAUUUUUAUUGCACAGUAGUUUGGUUUCCAAAACUUCCUGUGGGAUCAUGUUACAAACCUCAGGCUCAGGAGUUGCAACAUGUUUGUCCACAGACGAACUCAUAAUUAUGUUUGGUAAUUUCAGGCAUCAGUGGUGCAAAGAAUGAGUGGAUGAGCGAGUGUGGGUGGGAGACCUAAAAAAAACAAAGAAGAAAACAAAGCAAUCAAAAGCGAAGGCCAUGUGAAUGGCAUCAAGGCUGCUCAGAGUCUCCUUUGAUAGACUUUUUAUGUCCUUUGGCCUCUUCCUGUCCACGUGCAGGUUUUGAUGUCCUUUGUAACACUCCAGAAAGAGAAAGACCUGAAAGAGCCAAGUAGAUGUGAGACAGAACUAGAGAGAGGAUGUCAUGAUAGAAAACAUUCUUUUCACAACCAAAAAUGCCAAAUUUUUGUUGUGACUCCCGGAUUCCAGUUUGUCCGCAGCAAUGAUCAAGAACGUUUUUGACUCCCAACAGUUAUGCAGACCCUGUAAGAGUUUAUGGUCGUGUCUCCGCGGUUACUCUUUCCAAGUUUCUUUUCCUUUCAGCUGAUGUGACAAAGUACAGCCUUCACAGACAGAAACCCAUUUGUGCUUACAUUCAUAUAUAAGGCCAAUUUAGAAUCACCAAUUAACCUAACAUGAGGCAGUAGUGCCUCAUCACUUCACCCUGUUUUGACAGUGUCGCGAUAAAAUGUUGAUAAAACGUCAUUACUGAGAUUUGUUGGAUGAAAUGGAUCAUGCUACUCAUUACUCUCCUUUAGGAAGCAUGCCUUCUCCAAAUCUUAGGAGCCUUUUGCAUCCACAGGCUGUUUACAUCUGGGGAGCUUUUUUUAGCGUUAGUCCUUAAAUUAAGCUUUUUUCCUUCCCACGAUGUAGAGUAAACUGUUCAGCUGCAAAGUUUGAGGUACGUGCAUUGAGAGAGGGGGGAAUAAAUAAAUAAAUUGCACACUGAUGUAAUUUUUUCAGUUGGAUUUGGUAGCAAAAAAAGAGAUUUUACUGUAUUAGAUACUUUUUUUUAAGUUGAUGUUCAUUUCUGUAAUUUAGAACCUGAUGUGUUUAAUGACAGAUGAGAUUGUAUUUUAAGUUGUUGGGGUUUUUUUUUCCAAAAACAAAAUACUGGCUGCAGACUUUUUUUUUUUUUUUUAAAUACAAAUGACACAUACGUAGCUAAACAUCUGACAGUGUCCCAACAAAUGUAGUUGUUCUGUUUGACUUGAUUUUUCCCGUCUUCUGUUGGUGUUAAGCAACGAUGUUUAGUGUUUAGAUCACAAUUUUGUCUCAUGACUUCUCUUUGUGUUGUGUGUGUGUGUGUGUGUGUGUGUGUGUGUGUGUGAUGGACAUAUAAUUGUCUAUGUGUGAAUGUGAGGCAAUGAAAGUUCAUCCUCUUGUUAUCAUGCUGGCAAAUUAGUCAUUGCCUCAACUAUGCUGAGAAGUCAUUCCUCACUAAAAAUAAUCUUCAGCUGG